UCGGCUGCAGCCCCGCCCCACCCCGCCCCUUUCCCGCCGGGACGCUGGGAGCCGCCCCGAAGUGCGCAGGGCGGACGGGGAAUCAUAACCCAUGGGAUUAUGUGUUAAGUGAUCUUGCCAGGGAAGAGAAUUAAAAAAAUGAUGGCUUCCUUCCAGCGCUCCAACAGUCAUGACAAAGUGAGGAGGAUUGUUGCUGAGGAGGGCCGCACAGCAAGAAACCUGAUUGCUUGGAGUGUUCCACUGGAAAGCAAGGAUGAUGAUGGAAAACCUAAAUGUCAAACUGGUGGAAAAUCUAAGAGGACAAUUCAAGGCACUCAUAAAACCACUAAACAGAGUACUGCCGUAGACUGUAAAAUAACAUCCACAAGUGGAGAGAAACAUUUUGACAAGAGUCCCACAAAGGCAAGGCACCCACGGAAAAUUGACCUAAGAGCUCGAUACUGGGCGUUUCUUUUUGAUAAUCUUCGCCGGGCAGUAGAUGAGAUCUAUGUGACUUGUGAAUCGGAUCAGAGUGUGGUGGAAUGUAAGGUAAGGUGUGCUAUGGAUCCUUCAUCUAAAGUCAGAUGCUUUAAAAGUUUUCCUACUUCUGACUUGCUAACCUCACGCACUGACAUUCCCAGAAUACCACACUCCAACCUUACCCCUCCAUUUCUUUUGCUUCCCUACAACGAGGGCUAA